AUGUCGUCAAGAAAAGGAGGCUACAGAAGAGGAAAACAAGAGAAAUUUCAUCAUCAAGAUCGCCAAAUUGAUGAAAAUUGGACUGUCAGACCCGUUGAUGAUCAUGAGCAUGUUCGAGAGUCCCAAGAAAUAGUCUCCACACCAGAACCUGAUAAUCUUGAAUCGACCUCAUCAUCUGCAGUACCAUUACUAGUACCGGAAUCUAUUUCAAGAUAUCAAAAAGGGGCUCAAAGUAGGAGGAAUUCUAGGUGGGCUAACCGAAAUCGGGUUGCCCAAAUGGGAAAAUCUCAGGUUGUGAGGAAAGCUGAGUUGGGUUUCGCGAAAGAAGAGGACUCUGCGGGUAGUUUUGACCCAACACUGAACCUUGAUCUGAAAAAUGAUAAAAAUGAGGUGAAUAAGGAAAAUAAAGAAAAAGAAGAGGAAAGCAUUGGAGGGUCUCGUUUGAAAGAAGAAAAUGAAGUGGUUGAUGUAGGAAAAAGGUUAGAGGAGCUGAGAAUAGGUGUUCAAGAGCCAGAGUUGUCGGAAGAGCAGCUGAAGCUUAAUGAUCAGUUGCAGGAGGAUGAGUUACUAGCUCUGGAGUCUAUUUACGGUGAUAACAUUUUCAUUUUAGACAAACAAAAUGAGCUACGGUCUUUCCAGAUUUAUAUACAUAUUGAAGUGCCCAGUGCAAUUAUGAUUACUACAAACUUGAAAUCCCAUGAUACCCAUGAAAGACGAGAUGGCGAUUCUUCAAAGUUCUCAUACUCUUUCAAAGUUGAGCAUCUCCAGCCAAUUCUAUUGACUUGUUUGUUGCCGAAAUCAUAUCCGAGCCACCAUGCUCCUUACUUUACUAUCUCUGUUCAGUGGUUGGAGUCUAAAAAAAUUUCGGAUCUCUGCUUCAAGCUUGAAUCAAUUUGGAAGGAACAGCCUGAGCAGGAGGUUAUAUACCAAUGGGUAGAAUGGUUACAUAGUUCUACCCUCUCUUAUCUGGGUUUUGAUCAUGAAAUAGUUCUUGGUCCUUAUGGUGUAAUAAGACAUACUGAAGAUAAACGCGCGAUUUCUCACAGCAUCUCCCCAGAUGUUGAUAUUCCUUCAAUGAAGAGUUACAAUGAUGAACAGCAUAAUGAGAACUUCUUCAGAAACAUCCAUGAGUGCUGCAUCUGUUUCAGCGAGUUUCAUGGUUCUGAGUUCAGUAGAUUACCAUGCCAGCACUUCUUUUGCAACAUAUGCAUGAAAACUUAUGCUGACAUGCAUAUAAAGGAAGGAACAAUACUGAAACUUAAAUGCCCAGAUACAAAAUGUGGGGGAAUGAUUCCACCUGGUUUGCUGAAACGAUUACUCGGGGAAAACGAGUUUGGACGGUGGGAGUCACUUAUGUUACAAAAAACAUUGGAAUCGAUGUCUGAUGUGGUUUACUGCCCAAGAUGUGAAACAGCCUGCUUAGACGAUGAAGAUCAACAUGCACAAUGCUCCAAGUGCUUCUAUAGCUUUUGUACACUUUGCAGAGAGAAACGUCAUGUAGGCGUUGCAUGUAUGACACCGGAAAUGAAACUGCUUAUUUUGCAGGAGCGACAGAAUUCAUCACUGCUGAAAGGUGAUCAAAGGCGCCUCGAGAAAGAAAUGAUCAAUGAGCUUCUUAGUGUCAAGGAAAUAAAUCGUUUUGCAAAGCAAUGCCCUUCUUGUAAGAUGGCUAUCUCACGAACUGAAGGAUGCAACAAGAUGGUGUGUAAUAAUUGUGGGCAGUAUUUCUGCUAUCGCUGUAAUAAGGCAAUUGAGGGAUAUGAGCAUUUCAGGGAUGGAAAUUGUGAACUUUUCCCGGCAGAAGAGAUUCAGAUGUGGGAGGAGAGGAUGAAUGCUCGCCAAGUUGUGGGUCAGAUUCAAGCCCAAUUGUUUGUUGACCGUGGUCAUUCAUGCCCUAAUUGUGGUCAACUCAAUGCAAAGGUUGGCAAUAACAAUCACAUAUUUUGCUGGGCAUGUCAAAAUCACUAUUGCUACUUGUGUAGAAAGAUGGUGAGACGCAGCUCGCAGCACUAUGGACCCAAGGGUUGCAAGCAACACAGUGUCGGAUAA